AUGCUGUCUCCAACAUUCCCACAUCCGGACCCCAACGGCUCCGGAACAUCUAGGGCGACAUGGACUACGAGCCGCACCCCGGAAGCUCCACGACUAUUUCACCCCCACCAGGGGUCCAUCCAGAGGAAUAUUAUUGCCUUUUACAGCGGCGGUGCUUUAAAAGACGACAUGAAGGUCUAUGGGGAGCAGGCAAUCUACGAUGACCCAUUCAGCUAUUGCGACACACGGUGUAAGAUCGCCGGACAGUGGCAAGGGGUUCCGAAACUGUUCGCCAAGUCCGAAACUCUGGCUACGGAGAUCACGUCGUCGACUGAGCACGAGCUGGUGUGGAAGGCAGCGGCAGAGUCCGCAAACAGUCUCAUCAGCCUCACGCUAGAAGGCAACGAGCCCAAUGAGAAGGUUGUGUAUCACAAGGACAUAUGGAACUCGAGGGAUUGCUCUCAUGAUGGGCUGGAGGCCCGCAUCAAGAAACUAAACGGCGACAGGCUUACCAACAUUACUAGGCCCUCAAGGUCAGUUUAA